CAAAAGGAAAGGUCUUACGACAGCCAGAAAACUGGGCGGUGCCGGGCUCCGAGCCCACGUCCAACCGGGCUGCGGCGAGGCGCAGGAGGCGGGGCUUCCGCGGUCGGGGCGGGGCUUCCGCGGCGGGAACGGGGCUGCGGGGCGGGGCGGGGGCGUCGCGGGCGGGGCGGGCGUUCCCGGGGGCGUAGCGGGCAUACAAGUCCCAGGCGGCUUUGCGCGCCGCGGGCCGUGCAGGGCGGGGGCGGAGAGGGCGGCGGGGCGCCGGGCGCCGGGCCCCGGGCGGCGGGGCGGAGCUGAGCGGGGCCGGGCCCGGCGGAGGCUCUGGCUGGCGAUGCAGGGGCCGGGGCCGGAGCCGCGGGAGGCGGGCGGCGAGGGGCUGGGGCCGGGGGCGGCGCGCGGGCCGGCGCGGCUCUGCGGCUACCUGCAGAAGCUGUCGGGCAAGGGUCCGCUGCGCGGCUACCGCAGCCGCUGGUUCGUGUUCGAUGCUCGCCGCUGUUACCUCUACUACUUCAAGAGCCCGCAGGACGCGCUGCCGCUCGGCCACCUGGACAUCGCGGACGCCUGCUUCAGCUACCAGGGCCCCGACGAGGCGGCCGGCACCGAGCCGCCCGCGCACUUCCAGGUGCACAGCGCGGGCUCCGUCACGGUGCUCAAGGCUCCUAAUCAUCAGCUCAUGACCUACUGGUUGCAGGAGCUUCAGCAGAAGAGAUGGGAAUAUUGCAAUAGCCUUGACAUGGUGAAGUGGGACAGCAGGACCUCCCCAGUGCCUGGGGACUUUUCUAAGGGUCUGGUAGCCAAAGGCAACAUAGAGUCGAUUCAUCUGCAUCCAAACGCAUCUGCAGAAAAAGCCAGAAAUGUCCUAGCGGUGGAGACGGUCCCCGGAGAGCUGGUGGGAGAACAAGCUGCCUGUCAGCCGGCCCCGGGGCACCCCGGCCCCAUUAACUUCUCUUUGAAACAGUGGGGCGCUGAGCUCAGAAAUUCAAUGUCUUCGUUCCGUCCCGGGAGAGGGCAUAACGACAGUCGGAGGAGUGUGUUCUACACCAGUGAGGAGUGGGAGCUCUUAGACCCAAACCCCAAGGACCUGGAGGAGCCGGCGACGGCGCAGGAAGGAAGCAAGAGGCAGAGCCCUGAGGGCGGCAAAGGAGCGACUGGCUCAGGAUUUCCCUUUGAUUUGGGACGUAUUCCCUACAAAGGAAAGCGCCCUUUGAAAGACAUGAUUGGCUCGUACAAAAAUCGUCAAAGUGGUGGCGACCUGUCCACUGAAGGGACGUCGGGCCGUGGCGGUGCCAGCAUGCCAGCCCUAGAAAUGCAGCUGCAGGCACAGAGCCAGCAGGAGGAGCUGGAGCAGUUGAGGAAAGACCUCGCCAGUCAGAAGGAGCUUGUUCGGCUACUGCAGCAGACCGUGCGGUCAUCCCAGUAUGACAAGUACUUCGCCAGCAGCCGGCUCUGCGAGGGGGUCGCUGGGGACACGCUCGAGCUUCUGCACCGAAAGGACGACCAGAUCCUGGGCCUCAGCAGCCAACUCGAGAGGUUCCGCCUGGAAAAGGAGAGCCUCCAGGAGGAGGCGAGGGCCCUGAAGGGCAAAGUGGGUGACCUCAGCGAGCAGCUGGGCAUGCUGAUGGAGACCAUCCACGCCAAGGACGAGGUUAUCAUCAAGCUCUCGCGGCAGCUCAGCGAGGGGGAGGGCGGUGCGUCUUCUCCCACCUCCGCGCCCACCUCCCCCUUGGCCGCACCUGCCCCCAGGGACCUGCUGGAGCUGGACCGGCUGAAGGAUAGUCUACAGGGAUAUAAAACCCAAAAUAAAUUUCUAAAUAAGGAAAUCCUGGAACUCUCAGCUCUGAGAAGAAAUGCAGAGAGGAGAGAGAGAGAUCUGGUGGCAAAGUAUUCUAGCCUGGAAGCCAAGCUCUGCCAGAUAGAGAGUAAAUACUUGAUACUGCUCCAAGAAAUGAAGACGCCCGUUUGCUCAGAAGAGCAGGGGCCUGCUCAGGACGUCAUCGCCCAGCUGCUGGAAGAUGCUCUGCAGGUCGAGAGCCCCGAGCAGCCAGAGCAAGCCUUCGUGAAGCCUCACCCGGUCAGGACCGUCCCAGAGGACGACGAGGAAGAGAAGCUGGUUGCCAAAGUCCGGGCGCUGGACCUGAAGACGCUGCACCUGACGGAGAACCAGGAGGUGUCCACCGGGGUCAAGUGGGAGAACUUCUUUGCGAGCACGGUGAACCGAGAGAUGGCGUGCUCCCCAGAGCUGAAGGGCCUCAUCCGGGCAGGCGUUCCACACGAGCACCGAUCCAAGGUGUGGAAGUGGUGUGUGGACCUCCACACACGCAAGUUCCGGGGCAGCAUGGAGCCCGCGUACUUCCAGACGCUGCUGCAGAAGGCACUGGAGAAGCAGAACCCUGCGUCCAAGCAGAUCGAGCUGGACCUGCUGCGGACACUACCCAGCAACAAGCACUACGCACGGCCCACCUCCGAGGGCAUCCAGAAGCUGCGCAGUGUGCUGCUGGCCUUCUCCUGGCGCAACCCGGACAUCGGCUACUGCCAGGGCCUCAACAGGCUGGCAGCUGUGGCCCUCCUGUACCUGGAGCAAGAGGAUGCAUUCUGGUGUCUGGUCACCAUAGUGGAAGUGUUCAUGCCUCGAGACUAUUACACGAAGACUCUCUUAGGAUCCCAGGUGGACCAGCGAGUGUUCAGGGACCUCAUGAGUGAGAAGCUGCCUCGGCUGCACGCCCACUUGGACCAGUACAAAGUUGACUAUACCCUCAUCACGUUCAACUGGUUUCUGGUGGUGUUUGUGGAUAGUGUCGUCAGCGACAUCCUCUUUAAAAUAUGGGACUCCUUCCUUUAUGAGGGACCAAAGGUCAUUUUCCGUUUUGCCCUGGCACUUUUCAAGUACAAGGAAGAGGAGAUCCUGAAGCUGCAAGAUUCGAUGUCCAUCUUCAAGUAUCUGCGCUAUUUUACUCGCACUGUCCUCGACGCUCGGAAGCUGAUCAGCAUCUCCUUUGGGGACCUGAACCCAUUCCCCCUGCGUCAGAUCCGGAACCGGCGUGCCUACCACCUGGAAAAGGUCCGGCUGGAGCUGACGGAGCUAGAGGCCAUCCGGGAGGACUUCCUGCGUGAACGGGACUCCAGCCCUGAUAAGGGGGAGCUCGUCAGCGACGAGGAGGAGGACACCUGAGCACCAGCCGCUGCACCUGCGUCACCCCGUGGCGUACCGGAGGGGGAGCUGCAGGCCCUGCUCCCUCGGAGCCAGUGCGCAGUGCCGCAGUCUCUGGAGGCCCGCCGGGCUGAUGGCCGGGCUGAUGGCCAGAGCCACACGGCGCUUUCUCGUCCUGCUCGGGCCCUUCUGUUUACAGCUGUGUUUUGCACGGCGCUUGGUUACACACGUCCCCACCAUGCUUCUGCCUGAGGGGCACGUUGCUGGGCUUCCCAGGCGGCUCUUCUCAAGAUCCUGUUCACAGCACCCAUUGGUGGUGUUGGUGCCCCCCCAGAAAACCCCACACCAUGCCUCCUGGACGGAGGGAUGGUCGAGGGCAUCUUCUGCACAACUGCUCUGUGGAGGAUGCCCGCUGCUUCGGAUGCUCCCAGGCCCGGCAGAAGGCUGGCAUGAAGAGGGACUCCCGUAGUGCUUUGGAGCUGUCUGCCAGCCACCGCCCGUUUCCGAGCAACUUUGUCUCCCCCAGCAUAGCCUUUCAAACCAUGCUCGCAACCUGCCCCGGGGCCAGCGCUGCACCACUCCACACCCGCUUCCCACCAGCAGCCGAUCUUGGUGUCAGUCUUCCCUGGCCCCGCUGCCCUCUGCCUGGCCCAGCUCCACAAGGCUUAUGAAAAUCUCUACCACCCGAGAGCUGACUCUGAGAGUCGUUCUCCAUGAAUCAGGUGGAUCCCGGGGAAUCUGGGUCCCCCUGUGGAGCGGGUGUAGCCCCAGAUAGGCCUUGGCUGCAGGCAGAGGAAGCUUCCCUGGGGAGGUUUGCAGGCAGGCUGCCUGGCGAAAGCUGUGGGGCGGCUAGAAGCUGGGGCUUCUCUGGGGCAUCCUGGGCUCCUGGCAUCUGUGCUGGGGUGGCAGGGAGGCCGGCAGCCAGGGCCUGUGGCUGGAAGUGCCUUUGCUUGAGGCCCCAGCUUUGGUGAGGCUGCGCAGACAUGCCCCCCAGGCCAGCACAGGCUUCACUUGUGGGCCCAGCUGCCCCUGGGACUCAGCCUCUUUGAAUCCCUGGAAAAGGGGCUUUGCUCAAGGAAGGUUACUGCUGCUUAAUCACUCCUGGACCACCCCUGAUGUAGAGAGGGGAGGAGGCUUCCUGCACAGCGUUAGUCAAACGUGAAAGCAGCUGUUUUAAGUGGUGUCCCACCGCCUAGGAAACGCGAUGACCCUUAGCUGAUGUCUAUCAAUCCCAUGGACUCAGAGUCAAGUGAAGCGUUUUUCACGUGUGGUUUUCUGUUCUGUCCACCGUCCAGCAGUGUUGUGGCCAGGUGGCAUCUCUGCAUAGACUGAGCUCAACUUUUCUGUCUUCAGUUAAAUUUGUUAAUCUGGUUUUUCACUGUGUGGAGGGAGCUGGUCCCUAUAUUUAGCCAAAGCCUUUGUCUCUUCAGGUACCAAAAACAUGUUUUAGCAGUUUGGGACCAGCUUUGACCACUCAAGGACAUCUUUCCACGGGACCAGCUGGGCUGCUGGAGCCCCCACCCCCACCCCCACCUCCCCAUUGCUCUCGGCCUAGAGGACAGCAGCCCAGGAGGGGCAGAAUGUAGGGGUUGGCCCCCACCUGCCCUCACGCUUUAGUCCCUGAGUUGCUUCCCCCAAGAAAUGCUUUGUUCUGGAGCUGAAAUGCCGCCUAUAGGAACAGGCUCGUUUCACCCUGGAAGAGGCAUCUUUGGAAGCACCUGGAUGCCUGGGGUCCUGGGCCCGUAGUGUGUGGUUGGAGCCCAUAGUCUCAGCCACUCCCCAGGUCCUGGGCCAGUUUCCAGGCAGUAGGCAGGAGUGGGGGUGGGAAGGGACUGGGGUGCUUCCUGGAGGCUCACCUCUCUGGAACGAGCACAGCGGAAAUGCUGACCUGGUGCCAGACAGGCUGCGGGGUACACUCACAGAACCACGGGGUCCAGCUCCCCGUUUGGGGCCAACACUGCCCUCCCCUUGUGCUGAGCAUAGUUCUGUGCCCCCAGGGGGGGCCUUCCCACAGGUGCUGCCCCAGGGCCUGUGGGGGUCUGGCAGCUGAGACUGCAGGCCUGGGGCUGGGAGAGACUGCUCAGCCCUGACGGGCACGGCCCAGGCAAGCUCCCCCGUCGUCCAGGCAGGAACUGCCAGCUUUCACAUCGAGGGCUUGUUUUUUAUUGGUUUAGUAUCUGUUAAUACGUUUGUAUAUUUUCACUACAGUUUAUAUUUUUAUAGGCUAUUUUUAUCAAGGUUUUUCUAGAUCAUAUGUAUUUUGUGUAAGUUGUGUGUGCACGACCCCUAUGUGUCUGUGUGAGCCUGAGCCCUCUGAAGCUUCCCCCACACUGUGGCCCUAGACCCCCGCCCACCCUGCACUUAUGCACGACCACCCCACCCAGUGGGCUAGGGUCUGACAGCCAGUCAUGCUGACAGCCAGGCUGUUGGCUGCUGAGAACGACCUCGGUUCAACUGCAUUUUAUCGACACAGGAAGUGUUCCAGGCAGGUAGCCAGUCCCCGUUCUCCUCUUUAACUCAGUGUUUGUACUGCUGCACCAGCCCUCGCCCCUCACUUUCUGCAAUGUCUCACUGCAAGUGGGCCAGCGGCUGGGCCUGCCUGGGGCGUGCCUGGGGUGGGGGCUGGCCGCCGGCCUGAGGACCCGAGGGGCUGCCCGGGGACGUUGUGCAUGUCACAACCACCUCUGUGCUUAUCAAGUACGACUUUGGAAUUGUCAUUCUGGAAGAUAAAAUAAAUAAUUUGUAUGACCUUCUG